AUGAGAACAGGAGGAGUAAAAAAAGAGUGUCAAUUUUGGGGGGAAACUCAAAAUUUUUCACGUUUUUCAAUGUAAGGGUGACAAAUACUCGAGUUUGAAAUCGAAUUGCCUCACCCGACUCUCUGAAAGUAAUAGUCUUUUUCAUCUUCCAUGAAUGGUGGUGAUCUGCAACUCCUUUGAGGUAAGCAUUCCAAAAGCCUUCAUGGAUACCGAGCAUGGCACAUCUAAUCUACCUUGGACAUGGGUGAUUGAAACAUUGGCAACUUCCAAAGAGAUAGACACAUCUUUACUCAUUGAUUUGGUUAAGCAGAUUCCAGAAAUUUCUGAUGAAAUGGGAAGAAAUGCAAGGGAGCUCGUCUCCUUGAGAGUUUUAGAGACCUUGUCUGUCCAGGAAAUCUCACAUGCAAAUAAUGAUGCUUCAGUUCCUGGUGAUAAAAUUGAAUUGAAUCAAUCAGUGCACUGUGAAGAUGUCCUUCACCACUUAUUGUUUGAGGUCUCAUCAGAUCAAAACAUGGAUGGGCCAGAGCUGUCAAAAUUGGAUGUUCAGUCAUAUAUUACCAAAAAAAGAUCUUGCUUGCCGAAAUGUGCUUUGCAACAAAUUAAGGAUACAGUAGAUGCUACCAAUCCUCUUGCUACAUCCUUGGAAACAAAUAACGGAUCGGAGGUUGGCAGUAACUCCAGAGAUGGAGAUUGUUUAAAUGCUGUUGAUUCUAAUGGCAUUAACCAGAGAUGUGAAGUAGGCGGUGAUGCUGAACAUGUUUUAUCAAGUGGGAAUGCAACUACUUGUCUGGAGGCCAACACUAAUGGCGUGCAAGAAAAUCAAUCUAGGACUCUCGUUCCUUAUAAGAGGACGAUUGAUGCCUUUACUGCUCAUGAAGGUGAACAUAGUGAAACUGAACCCUUAUCAGAGAACAGUUCUGGUUCUUGCAUAAGGUCCCCCAGAAGGUUUAAGCAGGAAGUCAUUAGUCCCAGGUGUGAUGCAGUUCAUGAUUUUGAAUCAAUUCAAAGAGAUGGUGUUUCAACAGAGUUGUCUGCACAAAUUCCCCAUGCUAUUGUCCAAAAAGGGAACCUGGAAAAUGGAGCUCUUGUUGGGGGAUUGGAUGGUAGUUGUGAGGGUGCUGCAUCAAAAAUGGUUAGACAGAACAUCGAUGCCAGUAACAAUGAUGAUCUGUUGCCUGAAAUAAUGAUUUCAGAGGAAAAGAUCCAAAAUGUUGUAAGUAGCAGCAAAGCUUGCGAUGAAUUGAGAACAUCAAGUGGUUCGUCGCCGCAGGUAAUUCAUCAGGAUUCUUGCAUUUGUGGAGCUAAAGAUCAUCGGAAGUGCAUUCAGGGAAAUUUAUUCAAAGGUGUUUCUGGAGGAGCCAAAAAGAAUAUUGUGGGAAGUGAUGAACCUGAAUUCUCUAGUGACAGUGAUGGAUAUCAGAAUGAAAUGACUGGACUUUCUGCAAUGAGAAAUGAUUUUCUUAGCUCUCAGUGCGCUCAAGGUCAAGAUCCCUUGACAACUGAAAAUGGUAGAGUGCUCAAUCUUUGUGUGAAAUGUAAUGAGGCUGGGCAACUGUUGAUUUGCAGUUCGAACACCUGCCCGUUAGUGGUUCAUCAGAGCUGCUUGGGUUCUGUUCCCAGCUACGAUAAUGAAGGAAACUUUUACUGUCCCUUUUGUGCAUAUUCUCGAGCAAUUUCUGAGUGCCUAGAAUUUAAAAACAUGUCUUUGCUUGCAAGGAAAGAUUUGGCCUCAUUUGUUGGGCGACGAUCAAAGAAAUCCUCACGUAACUCAUGUAGAACAAAGAACCUGUCUAGAGAGGAUGAAGAACUGUGCCAUGAUAAAAAUAGUAAGGAUGUUUUGAAUGAUGUCAUAGAAGCCAGGAGUGCUCUAGUCUGUACAAAUUCUUUGAAUGGUAAAAUUACGGAGAUGCCUUCACCUCAACCAGAGGCUUCUGUGACUCAUGAACCCGUGGCAGCUGGACCAAGAUCCAAGAUAUCACCAACUAGAUUGCAUAAAUCAAAGCAGAAACUAUCCAGGGAGGAAGAAAAAUUGUGUCACAACGAGUACAGCAAGAAGAAAUCCUUGAACCAGGUCCAAGAACCAGGAAAUGCUCCAGUCAGUAUAAGUUCUCCUAAUGCUGAAUUUACACAGAUAGGUUCACCUCAACCAGACGCCUCUGCACCUCCUGAACUUGUGAACGGACAGAGUGGUUUUGAAGAACAAUGUUCUGAAGAUGAAGACACAAUUGCUUCCCGUUAUUGUGUGCGAUUUAGGAAUUCAGACAAGAACUAGCAAGUCUUUUACUUAAAAGUGCUCAAUUAUGCAAAUUCAUGUGUUUAGCAUGUGUAUUCUUCCAAAAUAGUCACCAUUUUUCUUCCGCUUCAGAAAUCCAUCUGCUGCUACUGCAGGUGUGUAGAUAUCUCAAGUUUUGGAUAGAUGGAAGAAGUUUUUGGAGUUCGGAAGUUUGAUGUUUUCCAGAUGUUGGAUCAACUCCACCCUAGUUGGUUAGGGGCUCGGUCUCAGAUGGUUCCCUUUUAUGAUAUUAUUAGCUAGGCUGGUCCUCCUCCAAGCUUGGGGUCUUAAUCUUAUGGGUGCUCAAAUCGGCCCAUUUGUUAUUUCUAUGUUAGUAUCCGAGGCUAACUAAGAAUGGCACGUUGUUCUGUUAAGUUUUUGUCCUUGGGUGGGUAUCGAAGGGCUUAGAUAGUGUACUUGUGCCCCUUUACCAGCUUUUCUGGUUUGCUACUAUCCAACAAUGGUAUGUUUUGUUCUUGUAAUUUUUAGAUUCAUGUGGGUGUAUGAAGGUUUAAAUAGUUAAGCAUGCUCAUCUUAAGGUAUAUUGGAUUGUUAGCCAUUGAGGCCAGCCAAGUGGAUAUUGUUGGUAAAUUUUCACCCUGAUUG